AUGAACCUGAAACUUCUUUCUUGCCCUGGAUUUCUUCUGCUGCUGAUUAUGAGUCAAAACCAGGCAAGGGCCAGGCCCAUUUCCAGCUUACAGAGUCUGUCCAAACUCUUAGAUGAGGACCUGGAGCAUCCUCUGGUCUCAGAAGAGAGGGACCAUAAGCAAGACAACAUGAUCCCAACAGGUGCCUUUGAUCAGCAAGAUGCUGAACUCCAGUGGACCCGAAGCAGCAGAGACCAGCCUGAGAGCAUGUCCAUGGGUGACAGCUCUGUCCAGAGGUUCCUCAGCGACCUCCUAAGCUUACCCCGCAGAUACCAAGGCAGAAGCAAAAAGGGGCUCUCCAGGGGCUGUUUUGGUGUCAAACUGGACAGGAUUGGGUCACUGAGUGGACUGGGAUGUUAA